AUGCAAGCAACCUUGAAUGGAAGUCUCAGCCAUCAAAAAUACAGAGCUAUUCUGAAGAAAGAAAAGCGGAAAAAAAAGCGUCAGGCACUUGCCAAACUAAGAGACUCAGAAGCUACAGAAAAAGAUGAAUCGGUGUCUGAGGAGGAAGAGGAGGAACUGGAAGAAGAAGAGGAAGAGGAAGAAGAAGAAAAAAAACUUGAGGCAGAAAGACAAAAACUACAUGAGCAGUGGUUGCUGAGAGAAGAAAAGGCCCAAGAAGAAUUCAAGCUUAAGAAAGAAAAAGAAGAGGCUGCAAGAAAACGUCAAGAAGAAGAAGAGAGGAAGAUCAAAGAAGAAUGGGAAGAGCAGCAAAGAAAAGAGAGAGAAGUGGCACAGCAGAAGCAACAGGAGAAGAGAGAGAGAGAGGCAGCUGUGCAGAGGAUGCUGGAUCAAGCUGAAAGCCAGCUGGAGAAUGGUGUGACCUGGCAUAACCCAGAGCCCCCAGAGAAUAUAGGAACGGAGAAGGAUAGAGCGAAUUGCCCUUUCUAUAUAAAAACAGGUUCCUGCCGAUUUGGAGAUAGGUGUUCUCGCAAGCAUAACUAUCCAACAUCUAGUAAGACGCUACUCGUCCGAGGGAUGUUUAUUACUUUUGGCAUGGAGCAGUGCCGGAGGGAUGACUACGACACAGACGCGAGUCUCGAGUACAGUGACGAGGAGACCUACCAGCAGUUCCUGGAGUUCUACGAGGAUGUGCUCCCUGAGUUUCAGAAUGUGGGGAAGGUUGUUCAAUUCAAGGUCAGUUGCAACUACGAGCCUCACCUGCGAGGAAAUGUGUAUGUCCAGUAUCAGUCGGAGAAAGACUGUCAGGCAGCUCUUGCUUUAUUCAGUGGACGAUGGUAUGCGGGACGACAGCUUCAUUGUGAAUUUUGUCCUGUGACAAGGUGGAAAACUGCUAUAUGUGGCUUAUUUGAAAGGCAGAAGUGUCCAAGAGGGAAACACUGCAACUUUCUUCAUGUAUUCAAAAAUCCAAACAAUGAGUUUUGGGAGGCCAAUAGAGACAUACGUAUUUCUCCUGAACGGACUAAUCAGUUGUCUAAAAACUCUGAAAGGAGAAACAGAACGAGCCAUCGUGAUGACUAUUACAGCCGGUCAAGGAGAAGGGGCAGCCCAAGCCCGGAUCAUUCUUACAGGAGAAAUGGAGAAUCUGAGAGAAAAAAGAAUCGCCGCAAAAACAAGAGAAGGCGCCGAUCUGGAAGGUCAAGAAGUCGAGAAAGGAGGAGGUCUCGCAGCAGGGGGAGAAAGAGGAGAGGCCGCAGUCGCAGCAGAAGUCAUAGUCGAACACGCAGCAGGAGCAGAAGUCGGAGCUCCUCUCGAUCCAGGAGCAGGGGUAAAAAGAGAUCGAGCAGCAGAGGAAAAAAUAGUGAAACUCCCAAAACAAAGUGAGAAUUACUUUUUGAAAUUGGUAAUUGAUCAAACAUAAAGCUGACAAAGAAAUCUUUCCAGUAGGGCAUCAGAUAUAUUUGAGUUUCAAAUAAAGUGUUCUUGCACAUUAAAAUGUUUCUUCCUAAUAAAGGAACCUAGUUUAUUGUGUGCUAAGCUUCAGAAAAUUAAAAGUUUAAGUCCUAUAUAAGGUGUGAAUGUCAAGUACUCUAGCUACUCUGUCCCUCUGAACUGCUGCAACAUCUGGACACAUACCAAGUACAAAUAGAAAGAGAAGUAAAGCUUAUUCGGUAUAUGCUUAUUUCUGUGUUAUGUGUGUGUUAAGUGUUUACUGUCUCUGUAAGGAGUUAGUACAGAACAGCCAGUGUGCUGUAAAUUCACACCACAGCAAACUGCAAAUUGAAGUCUGCAUAGAAGACUGCCAUUUAUAUUUUCCAUCUGUUUAUGGGAAAUCUCUUUCUAGACAAAGGAAAUAAGAGUUGAAAAGGGAUCUAAAAGGCAUCACUGUUUGUAUAAUACUUCCCUAGUAGGAGCUUUGUGGUCAUAAGUGUUGGAUUUUCCAUUCUCCCCUGACUGAGCUGCUGAGCUAAUUGCCUGUAGAGAUUGCAGCAGACUAAAACCAAGUAGGAAGUACACAGAAAAACAAUCAAUUUAUUCAGUACCUUAAUCCCUAAGAAAGAGUGGAGACCAUGCACUUGUAAUCCUCAGGCGAGGAUAGAAAAUACUUUGUAUACCAUUUGUAGCUGAAAACAACUUGCCUAACCUGUGAUGGAGUGGUGGAAAAGGGUGUACAUCUGGUAACUGAAGAUGCACAUGUAGUUGUGAAGGCCCAGGAUGGUUGCAGAGUGGCUAAAGAAUCCAAAGGGCUUAUACCUGAAACAGUACUUCAGGUUUCUGGGAGAGCAUGACUUGACUUAAAGCCACCUUAGGCUUAUUUUACAAGCAGUUUAAAGCACCCUACGGUCAAGGUGGAGGGUAGGGUACUUAAUGAAGUUAUCAGGACAAAACGUUUUUCAGAGGACAGCUAUGUACCUGCAAUUAGAUAAUUGCUGACAAAUAUUUCUUCACUUCUAAAUGAAAGAUUUGUGCUGUUAAAUGGACUGUACUUCACACUGCUUAACUUCAGGUAUUUAACUUGGGCACUAGGCGACCUUAGGCGCUCAGAGAGAGCAGUUUGUGGCACUGAAGGUGCAGUUGCCCUGAACAGUCUGCAGAGAUACCUCCUUCUCUUGAGCCCCUCCAAAGAACUUGGGCUCCUGCUUUUAGAGUACAGCUCAGACCACCUAAGUUAGAAGCCUCAAGUAGACACGAAGUGGUCCCAAACAGGUAUUUGUUACAUCAACAACGUUAACGCAAAGUCCUGUAGAAAAUCUGGAUUUCCAAACUUUACGAUAGCAUUCUUCACAGCCAGAAUGUUUUUCCCCCAGGAUAGUUAAGAGUGAAUGGACAUUGCUUCUGGAUAUAAUAUAUAUAUUUUUGCUUUUCUAAAUGCAUACUGCACCUAGCAUGCUGAUUAUACAUUUUCCUUCUUUCAUGUGUAACUGUUGUCCAAUAUGGAGUAACACAACAAAAGUGCUAUAUAUCGAUGUUCAGUUCAAACCCAACUUUCAUUAUAUAUUGUCAUAACUGUAGGCAGAAUUGUAGCUUAGUUAAUUUGAUUAAAUGUUUUAGUUAUUAACAGAUGUAGGAAUUGUAAUUUAAUAGCAUAACUUUUGAAAUAAUAACUUGGUUUGAAAGGCAUAUUUCAAAGGAUAGACAGCACUAAGUUUUAAAUUAUAUCUGAGAAAUUUGUGACCACUGGUUUCUCAUAAUGUAUCUUUUUCUGACUAGACCUUACAGACAGAUUCUCCCCGAGGUUUCUAUUUUUUCAUAGAUGCUUACUCGUCUAGUUGGGUCACUUGUGCAGAACAUGGCAAACUCUGGUUCAGUUCCCUGGAGCAGAACCGAAUGGGCAUUUCCUAUUUGCUGAGAUGUACCACCAGCAGGCCAGUAACAUCUUCCUUUCACUGGUGCUGCCUUGCUUCCCUCAACUCAUGCUGCUGAACUAGCCUGCUGGUGAAGGCUCUCGGGUGGAGGAGUUGAGUCCUGCCGGCUGUAGAAUGUUGUACAUCCCGUGGCAGGCUAUUGCUGAGCAUUAUCUGAGCAAAAUCAGUUACUGAGCUCAAAACAGCAGCAGUGGAAUGAGUGGUGGGAAGCUGUUACCAGGCGGGUGCAAAGCGCAAAGCAGGCCUCUGUAGGAUUAGAAAGCAAGUGCCAACUAAGACCCACGUGAGAAUUCUACAGGUGAUUAGGCUCCUUGUCCCCCGUUUCAUAAUGGGAUCUGGGAAGCUGAGCUGCUGUAUUUUUUUUAAAAGUUCUUAUAAGUAAAAAAAAAA